CUCCAACAUCCCUAAAGAACAUCCCUUUUUCCAUGUAAAAUCGCCUGAUUUUGUUUCAUGGUCGAUCGGAUUUGAUUCUAUACAAUCCACGCACUCAAGCUUCUUUCCCCCUCUAUUUUGGGGUCUCAUUUCGUUUUGCGAGUUUCGACAUCACGAAACAACGUGACUUUCGGUCUGUUAUUGUCCGUGGCAGGUGACUUCCUGUCAGGUGAUAGAUAGGAUCAUCCAAGGACUCUUCACUCUAGACCAUGUCCGAUCCCACCAUGAACAGCCCAGACGGAGCCGGCGGCAAGCGCAAGCGCGAGGGUUCUGAUGAUCUUGGUCACGACGCACAGCGUCUGAAUCGCUCGUCACACGGCAGCAACGGCAGCAUGCCGGACAACCAGCACAACUUCGGCCACUCGAUUGGCUACGACCACGGCCUUGGUAACGCAGGGUCCGAGUUGAACAUCGACCAGCAAAUUCUCCAGCACGUUGGCCCACAGAAUGGACUUUCUGAUGACAACGCUCUCACAGCCAAUGCUAAAGCGGCGCUGGCCGCACAUGCACCCCAGCACAAGUAUCCUCCACCCCCGGAUGCUGCCGCAUUUGAUGCGAACAAUCUCACCCAGGGCCUGAACUUUGGCGAUGAUAUGGGCCAGGGACCUAUUCCUGGACCCCACAACCACAACUCUACUGCUGCCGCGGUGUAUGCUGCCCGUGAGGCGCAAAGUAUGAACCAGAAGCCCACUGUCGGUUCUCCCGAGUGGCACCAGAUUCGGAAGAACAAUCACAAAGAAGUCGAGCGACGACGACGUGAAGCUAUCAACGAGGGAAUCAACCAGAUCGCCCGCCUCGUACCAAACUGUGACAAGAAUAAGGGUGCUAUCUUGCAACGGGCCAUCGAAUAUAUUUGCCAGCUCCAAGAAGAGAAGAAGAACAUCGAUGAGCGGUUCGAGCAACACAGCCUCACUGCCAAUCACGCCAUCAACGAGAUCAGUGCCUCCAACCAGAAGUUGAAGCAAGAGGUCAGCCGGCGCAAUGCAAUCGCAGCCAAGUGGCUUCAGCGCUGCCGCGAUGCUGGCCUCGAGUUCGACGACUACGAAGAGGCCAAAGAACUCGAUACCCUCGACGGGUUGGAGUGAGAGCGCCAACUCGGUCGGCUGGUUUAGGUUUCUCGUUCGUAUGUGAUGUGCUACGAUCGUCUCGCUGCGUUUUUCGGUGGUUAAGAUUUUGAACAUACCCUCAUUUCCGUUCUUCGAUCUGGUUGUUCUGGGAUCAGAUUUUCUUUUUUUUUUUUCUUUCUAGCUUUCCUCGUUUUUCCCUGUGGAGUCAACCUUGACAUGGCGGCUCUGCGAUGUUACAUCCCUUAUUUUGACUUGUCUUACAGGCCAUUCGGCUACAGUCUAUUAUUUCUGGCCGGCCUCCGCGGUAGUCGCGCAAGGUUUUUCUGCGCUGUGGCUUUGGCUUGGAGUGGCGUACUUCUGUUUUUGGACUUUAACUCUUGCCACCCACCUCCCCCUUCUCUGGUGUAUGUUAUCGCGCUUUUGUAUCACGUUAUUCUUUCAUCGUUAAUGGUUGAACCGGCGAAUUUUAUGGAUUGGGUUGGGUUUGAUGCCACGGUGCAGUGGGUACAAUGCAAGUUUUUCUUUAUUCUAUA